UUGACUCCAUGUUUCGGUGACUCGUACCGGUCCGACCAGUUGUGUCUUCGUGACGCCACCACCGACCUUAAGGCAUACAGGCUGAGUGAUCGUUUUCUUUCUAUUGUCGUACGGAGAGGUAACACCACUCUUAAGCUUGAUUAGCUUCCUUUAUCGGCAGGCCGCCUCAGGGAGCCAUAGGCUCUGCGGGAGUCGCAUAAGGUUGAUCUGAGUAUGAUCCGAGGGCUUGCAGGGUCUAUGUCUUUGUUUUAGGACAGCGUGUAUCCUUUUACAUUAGCAAAAUAGUGCUGUUUUGCAAUAUAUUAGCAAGAUAGUGAAAUAUCCAUCAACAUUAUUAAGUCCCCGGAAGAUUCACACAAAGGCGGCGGGACCAGAUAUCUUGGAAUCGGGUUUUCCUCAUGGAUAUUGAAGAAGAACAGCGUGGUAAACAGAACGGACAACUUAAGCCCAGGGGCCUGUCUAUGAGCAGAAUGAGACGCUCCAUGCGGGAUCUACUGAAGGGAGGGAAGAAGAAAAAGGAAAACAAAAUUCAAUCCGAGAAACGAACCGCCGAAUCGCGUGAAUUGACGCAGCAAAGCCACAGAGAUUCAAUUGAUCUGAGCACGUUGCCUACUCAAGGUCAAAACCUGUCCAGAUCUCUGGAAAUUCUGGACAGACAAACCUCUCUCCAGAUCAAACAGUCGAGACAGUCGAACGAAAGACUCAUCGAAGAGUACAGGAACAACAGCAAUGUCGGCCAUAGCCAGUCGGUCCAGGGACAGGUCACACACGUUAACAACGAGACUCGAGACAUAAGGAAUGGCACAGAGAUGAAACAUGUCGCACAAGACAAUAGAAAUGUGACUGUGAAUCCACAAAGUCCGAAUGGCACGGAAGUGUCCGUUAUUAGCACGUUUCAAAUCCACAUGGGAGAAGGAAGCCAACCAAAACCACUUGAUUCGUCUCGUUUUCGCCAUGACCGUCUGGACUCAGGAGUCGAGAUAUUAUCAUCUGACACGGAAAAGACACCCAGUCUGUAUGCAUCUGAACCUCCCGCGGGCCGGCCUCUCCGGAGCCGCUGGACCAACGACUGGGUCGUGCAGACAAGCAGCAUGAACCAGCAGGUCCAGGAACCCGCCUCCCAUCUAGUGUUACAACCCAUACGUAUAGAGUUACAAUCACGACCAAUCGACGAAGAGCAAGUCAAUCAGACUGUACCAAUUGCAAGUACCGGCGUGAGAAGCGAAUCAGCCGACCCGCUGUUGUCCGGAGCUGCCAGACUUCGACAGACCAGAUCAGACGAUGAGAGCGGAAUAGGUCGGUCUGUAUCAGUAGGCAACCAUCUCGAACAGUCCGUCCGGAGUCAGCGAACGAACGACUGGAUCGGGCAACAGGGAGGCCAACACGAGGGCAAAGAACUUGUUUACCACGGAGUUCUGCCUCCAGUGAUCAUUCAACAACAAUUGCAGCCCGUCAACCGGGAGCCAAUGAGUCACAAGAGUGCCCCAGAUACCAGGAAGAGAAGCAGAUCAGAGCCCAACAGUCGCCAUGACGACACCUACGACCGGUUCGAAACAUUCGUCCAAAGCCUGGACCGCCUCGAGACAGGUUUUACCUUCCUUACUUACUGCUGA